AUGCCAGCGCAGCGGCCGCAGGCAAUUUUUGAGCCCAUCCCUCCCAAUAUCGAUGUAUCAUCAUUGGUUGAGUCUACGCCAAACUUUGAGUGGGUUGUUCGUAUACCUUGCGACGCGAUUUAUGAGCAAGGAUUAGAUAAUUUUGAGAAACUCGUCCGUUUACAUGUGAUAAGUGGUGGAAAGCCUUUGGUCGUGGAGAGCUACGACAGCAGAUUCGAGAAGUGGAUUUUUGCAGAACAGUGGCUGAGGGACAAUCUUUCUUCCAAAACGGAGAAUGCCACAAACCUCACUACAAAGAGCAACAUCCCUUUGUCAAUUGGACAUUAUCUCAACAAUAUGUCUAUGUUGACGGAUCAGAUUACUCCCGAUAACUUUACUGAACCGAGUCGUCAGCGAAUUUAUCUCAAGGAUAUCGACUGUCCUGAUGUUUGGCAUGAAAAGUUGAGGGGAAUAAUACCGCCUUUUCUGUUCUACAUGAACGAUUCAACCCUCGACCCGAAUUUCGUGUCUCAGGAUUUUGCAAGAGCUGGUGAUUUAAUGAGCAGUCUUCCUGGCCCGAUGCGAGCCGAGAAUCUUAUGUGUUACAUCGGCCAUGAAGGAACAUACACUCCUUGUCAUCAAGAAAUGUGCGCGACUCUGGGCCAUAACAUAAUGGUGGAGACCUCGACUGGGGGUUUUGAGCAUGGAAAACGAACUAAACCUGGCUCUUCGAUCUGGUUCAUGACGGAGACAAAGGACCACCAUCUAGUAUCCGAAUAUUGGUCCUCCAUCCUUGGUCAUGACAUCGACCUUGAAGAUCAUUUUGCGCAAAUAAGUGCUUGGAAGGCAGCUCCAUUUAAAACAUAUGUUGUCGAACAAAGAACUGGCGAUUUUAUUCUCAUACCGCCAUUGGCACCUCACCAAGUCUGGAACCGGGGUACACGGACGAUGAAGGUCGCGUGGAAUCGUACGACCGUCGAAACACUGGAAUUGGCGCUAGAAGAAGCUCUUCCACGAGCAAGAACUGUCUGUCGAGACGAGCAGUACAAGAACAAAUCAAUCAUUUACUUCACAUUGGAAAAAUAUUCACAACUUCUGGCUGCUGCUGAGAGGCUCAACACCCGGACGCCCAAAGUUCGCCAGCUGCAAAAGGACUUCAGGAAACUAUUCACCAUGUUUACAAGCAUCAUGCUUUCUGAAAGUUUCUCCAAUGAAUUCCGUGAGGAAAAACCGGUUGAAUUUCUACCUUAUGAUAGUAACGUCACUUGCUCUUAUUGCCGGUGCAACAUUUUCAAUCGCUUUCUUACUUGUCCACAUUGUGUGGGGAAGUUUGCAAGUGGCGAAGACGAUUGCUACGAUGUUUGCAUGGAAUGUUAUGCAAUGGGUAGGAGCUGUGAGUGCAUCUCCAACCUCCAAUGGGUUGAACAGUUUCCAUGGCAGGAGCUGGUUCAAAAGCACGAAACCUGGGGGAGACAGAUAUCUAGGAUGCCGGGUCUGAAGGAAGACAAAUACGCAUCCCUUACUAAAGAAAGACUACGUCUAGGUCAUAGGACACUGGCCGAAGUUUGUCAACUGGAGUUGAAGAGGAGACCGUGGGUCGACAUCACAAAACAUACAUUCGAUGAAAGAGAAGGGUUCGACAGCCAAGACGAUGAAAAUGGCCAAGGGAGUAGUGAUGAGCGACACGUAAAGAAGAGAAAGGUUCAUCCUAGGGACGAACUAUCCAAGGAACAAGCCAGGUGUCACAUUUGCAAAACUCUUGAGCCGACUUGGAAACUUUCAUCUUGCCGGAAUUGCUCACUGCACUAUUGCUAUGGUAGCCUCUUCAGGGCAUUCGAAAUCAAACCUCAAGAGCCCAUGCAAACGUAUCGCUGGGAAUGUCCGAGGUGUCAAAAAAUAUGCAGUUGUGGUGCGUGUCGCCGGAAAUUUACUACGCAACCCUAUGAACCAAAGGGUCUGGCAUUGGGUCAUGACACGAAGAAGAUUGCCGAUCCACGAAGUGUUGAAGCUCUUGUAAAUUUCAGUCACUCAAACAUUGGGUGGCUGAAGAAGGCUGGAGACGGUACCGCUGACUCAACGCGGCGCUUACAGAGACAUCAGGCUGAAGCAGAGCAGGCGAAGAUGCAGGAAGCUCUCACAGCUCACGAUGAUGAUGAUGGGCUAUUUGUACCACAAGUGCACAAUGGUUACUCAAAUACAGAACCCACAUUCCACGACGGCAUUCCGAUUGAUCCAGCUCUGGGUGGUUUCCCCGCUGCGCCAUCCCAUGACUUUGACAUCUAUGAUUCCUCUGUCCAUCUGCCUGAACUUGCUGCAAGAGUACAUCAGCUAACUCACUCAAACACCGAAGGCCUGCUCAGGACCGAGGAGGAAAUGUUCCGGGAUGCUGCUGCAAUCCGAUUCGAGUUCCCCUCUGAAAAUGGGUUUCCUCCCAUAGAUCUCACCCAGGAUAAUUUCGAUACUUUCGGAAAUCAUAGCAUAGACCCAGCUCUAUUACUCCAAUCGACUAACGGUGGCGAGAAUGGAGUCAUUCCACAUGCAAAACACAAUAUACCACUGGUCAGAGGCAAAUCACGCCCUCUGAAAAAGAAGGGUAAACAUGUUGUCCGCUUAAGACCGGGUCGAGAGCACAUGGAAGCAAUGGCACAGGCACAUAAAGAUCAGCCAAACCCCAGUACUGCCGCAAUCAUCACAUCUGAUCUUCUUUCGUUUCAUAACGAGCCCUUGCCGACUCCAGAGAACGCGAAGAAGAGAAGACGUCGCGGUGAGAAAGAUGACGACUCCAAUGUUUGGCGAGUUGAAAAGAAGCCACCACGAACUUCUCGAGCAGAGCAGAAUCCUGAAGGCGUUGAUAAGCCAAGGAGGGCUGCAAGAAUUGCAAAUUCUUACGAGGAUUCGGAUUUAGAUCUCUCAGACGGCAUUCGAGCCUAA